GGCGCCGGGCGCCGGAGGAUGACGGGCGCGAGGCGGGGCGGACGCGCGGCCGCCGCUUCCUGGGGCCGCCGGCCGGGGCGCUGGCCGCACUCGACGCCGGAGCCGGGAGCCCGCCGCCGCCAUGUCCCACCAGACCGGCAUCCAAGCGAGUGAGGAUGUUAAAGAGAUGUUUGCCAGAGCCAGAAAUGGCAAGUACAGACUUCUGAAGAUCUCUAUUGAGAAUGAGCAGCUUGUGAUCGGCUCAUCUCGUCAGCCUUCAGACUCCUGGGACGAGGACUAUGAUCCGUUUGUCCUGCCCCUGUUGGAGGACAAGCAGCCGUGCUACAUUCUCUUCAGGUUAGACUCCCAGAAUGCCCAGGGAUAUGAGUGGGUAUUCAUCGCGUGGUCUCCAGAUCAUUCGCAUGUUCGUCAAAAAAUGUUGUAUGCAGCAACAAGAGCAACUCUGAAAAAGGAAUUUGGAGGUGGCCACAUCAAAGAUGAAGUAUUUGGGACAGUGAAGGAAGAUGUAUCCUUACAUGGAUAUAAGAAAUACUUGAUAUCACAGUCGUCUCCUGCCCCCCUGACUGCAGCUGAGGAAGAAUUACGGCAGAUCAAAAUCCAUGAGGUGCAGACCGACGUGGGCGUGGACACCAAGCAUCAGACACUGCAGGGAGUAGCGUUUCCUAUUUCUCGAGAAGCCUAUCAGGCUUUGGAGAAGCUGAACAGCAGGCAGCUCAACUAUGUGCAGUUGGAAAUAGAUAUAAAAAAUGAAAUUAUAGUUUUGGCCAGCACAACAAACACGGAACUAAAGGAUUUGCCAAAGAGGAUUCCCAAGGAUUCAGCACGCUACCAUUUCUUUCUGUAUAAACAUUCUCACGAAGGGGACUAUCUCGAGUCCAUAGUUUUUAUUUACUCAAUGCCUGGAUACACAUGCAGUAUAAGAGAACGGAUGCUGUAUUCCAGCUGCAAGAGCCCCCUGCUGGAGAUUGUAGAAAGACAACUGCAAAUGGAUGUAAUAAGAAAGAUGGAAAUAGACAAUGGGGAUGAGCUGACUGGAGACUUCCUGUAUGAAGAAGUGCACCCCAAGCAGCACGCGCACAAGCAGAGCUUUGCAAAGCCAAAAGGUCCUGCUGGAAAAAGAGGCAUCCGAAGACUGAUUCGGGGUCCAGCUGAAACUGAAGCCACUGCUGAUUAAAAAUUGUUGCAUUAAACAUUGCAAUACUAGUUUUUUCAAAGUCCAGCAUUUAGUACAGGAGAACUGAAAUCAUUCCAUGUUGCUAUAUAGUAGGGGGAAAUUAUACUUUUUGAAAAAUG